AUGGAAAAGAAUAUAUCUACUGAAGAAUGCAUCCAUUGUCAUCAGAAAAAACCUGUUAGACUUGGAGAAUGUUAUGAAUGUUAUCAAAAAAAGAAGGAGAUACCAUCAACAUCUUUAGAAUUAAACAAAAAGAAUGAAAGGAUUGAAAAUAUACCUACUGAAGAAUGCAUCCAUUGUCAUCAGAAAAGACCUGUUAAACUAGGAGAAUGUUAUGAAUGUUAUCAAAAAAAGAAGAAUUCACUAGCAUCUUCUGAACAAAUGGAAAAGAAUGAAAGUAUUAAAAAUAUAUCUACUGGAGAAUGCGUUCAUUGUCAUCAGAAAAAACCUGUUAAACUUGGGGAAUGCUAUGAAUGUUAUCAAAAAAAGAAGGAGAUACCAUCAGCAUCCUUAGACAAACUAACGAAAAAGAAUUCACCAGCAUUUUCAGAACUAGUAAAAAAGAAAGAAGGAGGAUGUAUCCAUUGUUAUAAGAAAAAGUCUGUUAGACUAGGAGAAUGUCAUGAAUGUUAUCAAAAAAGGAGCAAUAGAUUUUAUAGUAGCAAAAAAGAAUGUCCUGAAUGUAAAAAAAGAAUUAAAGAGAUGAAUGGUAUGGUAAAUGAUAAAAUUUGUGAUAGUUGUUGCAUGAAAUAUCAAAGGAGAUUUGAAAAUUUUAAUAAUCCAGUGACCUGUAAAACAUACCAAUGA